CCAACCCCCUCACCACCACCCCCGCAGGCCGCAGCCUUUAUUCGCCAGCACACCACCCGCUCCGCUCCGGCGCUUCCACUUCCCCAUCUCUCUCUGCGCUCGCCACGCCAUGGCUCCCGCCACGGCAACCGCCGCGUUCACUAGCCUCCUCCCCGCCGGCGCCUCGCGGCUCCCCUCGGCCGCCGCCGCCGCCGGAGCGGCGGCCUCCUUCGUGCGGCUCCCGCGGCACCCGACGGGCUGGGCUGGGGCCUCCGUCGCGGCGCCGCGGACGGCGCGCAGGCGGGCGCCCGGGGUCGCCUACGCCACCGCCGCCACCGAGAAGAGCAUCUACGACUACACCGUUAAGGACAUUGAUGGAAAAGAUGUUCCUCUUAAGAAGUUCAAAAAUAAGGUGUUGCUGAUUGUUAACGUUGCUUCUCAAUGGUAAUUUCAUUGCAAAAUCAUUCACUAACCACAUAGUAUGAUAAUGUAUUUAGUACUUUUGGCAUUUAACUUGGCAUUCAUCUGUGAAUCUUAGUGGGUUGACAACAGCAAACUACACUGAAUUAUCUCAUAUCUAUGAGAAGUACAAGACUCAAGGGUUUGAAAUUCUUGCAUUUCCUUGCAAUCAAUUUGGUGCACAAGAACCUGGAUCGAAUUCUCAAAUAAAGCAGUUUGCCUGUACAAGAUUUAAAGCUGAAUUUCCUAUUUUUGACAAGGUUGAUGUCAAUGGACCUAAUACAGCCCCCAUCUAUAAAUUUCUGAAGUCCAGUGCUGGAGGAUUUUUGGGCGAUCUAGUCAAGUGGAAUUUUGAGAAGUUCUUAGUGGACAAGAAUGGCAAAGUUGUAGAGAGAUAUCCACCUACAACUUCACCGUUCCAGAUUGAGAAGGACAUCCAGAAACUCAUUGCGGCAUAAGUACUUCCGAGUCUUUCAGUUGAGUAUAUGUACAUAGGCCUUGUCUUAAAGUUAGAGUUUCAUGUGCUUAUAUCUUUUUCGUAAUGUAAUUCUUUUUUGUAAAAUAACUCACUCAUUACCUACACGUGCAUAUAUAGAUGUAACAUGAGACUAUAUUAGUCUAACAUGAGACUAUAUUAGUCUAUAGACUAUCAAACCUAUAGUUCAUCUGUCCAUGCCUAAAGGAUUAGUAGCUUACAUGGGGUGCCUCUGGCUGGGAGCACCCUGAAUCCUUUGAUUUACCUUUAGCUUCGUGCAGUUGCCUUAUGAUGUGCCUGUACCGCAUCCUGAUGCAGUCGUCUGGUGCUGCCUGAGCGCGUGCGAGUGGCAUUGCUAGUUUAUGUCACCAUGCUGCACGCUGGGUUUAGCCAGUGAGCAACACCCAAUGUGAUUCCCCUCUGUUAAUUAGUGGGUGUUUGACCAUCAUCUGGCCUAAUCCACGAUUUAAUCUCCACGGGGAUUUGAUAGGGCCCUCCAUCAUGAUCUCACCCACACCGGGGUGAUGCUUUCGCUGAGUUACUCGAUGGUGUUAGCAUGAAUGUGGGGAUUGUGCCCUUCGAUAAAUCAUGAUCCUUCUAUUGAUCAAGUAACUGCAAAGGUUUGUUUAGAUUUGAGUGUAUUUCAUCAGAAAGUUGAGUUUUUGCAUCUGAACAAAGAAAUAUAUGUUCCAUGUAAAAUACAAGUUCGUAUCCAAACACUUCCUACGGGUAAUACCCAGUGGAGAUCUCUACUACAUAGUGAAGAUCCUGUGUGGAAUGGUGGAAUUGUUCUUUCCAAGUCCCGGCCCUAACAUGUAUAAUGUGCCUGUCUCUAGUUAGUGGCCAGGAUAGAAAAUAAGUCUGGAUAGUGUCAACGGGAUCUUACCAGUAGUAGGCCAUGAUAUCAGGUUUUUGCAGUGUUCACCAAUCACCAUGACAGUUCAGCAUCACUUUACCAUUUCUACCACGGCCAUAGUCAAAAAUUGGCGGCAAAAAAAGCAUUGGCCCUUCAGUCAACGCCUGUCAAGACCCACUGCCCCCUGCUUAUCCUCCCUUUCAUCCCCUAUUUAAACCACCAUCCACUCAUAGCAUAGCUUUUCAUCAGUCAUCACCCCUACAAGUUAAGGGAGCUGUCUUCUGCUAUCCAUGGCAAAGAUGCUAAUGGCUGGUAUCAGCUCUCCAAACCUCCUUGUAAUCCCCACAAUGCCUAGAUUCCUUACCCUAAUCACCAUCGCCAUUGCAGUUGUAUGCUUCAACCAUGCUUCUGCAGUGGAUUCGCAAGCCAGCGAUCACACCGCAUUGCUCUUCUUCAAGUCUUGUGUCUGGGGAAACCUCUCUGACUGGGGCUCCUCUAAAAUGUGCAAUUGGACUGGUGUUACAUGCGACUCAAGAGGGCGUGUAAUUUACCUUCUCCUUUCUAACUCUAACCUCACUGGCAUCAUCUCCCCAGCUAUCGGCAACCUCUCCACCCUCAGGAGGCUAGACCUCCAUAGCAACCAACUCUCUGGCAGCAUCCCACCAUAGCUUGGCGUGUUGUCCCAGCUCAAGGAACUGAACCUUAGUAUAAACUUACUCAACGGGCUGAUCCCAGAAGCACUAGGUCUUCUGAAAAGCAUAACCUACCUCUCUAUAUAUGGCAACAACCUCACUGGUAGCAUCCCGGAGGCUGUUGUCUGUAACUGCUCCUCCUUAACCCACAUCAACCUGAGAACCAACUCCCUCACCGGUGAGAUCCCUUUCUCUGCACAUUGUCGGCUUCCGUACCUAAAGGAGAUCAUCCUCUAUGAAAACAGGCUUGUUGGCACUAUCCCCUCAUCAAUUUCGAAUUUUACGAGCCUUGACUGGGUGCUUUUGCAGAGCAAUUUCCUUGGUGGUGAGCUGCCAUCCCAAAUGUUCAGCACCAUGCCAUCCCUCAAGUACCUCUAUCUAUCCAACAACAAUUUCUCAAGUGAUGGUGGGAACACUAACCUUGAGCCUUUCCUUGCUCCCCUAGUGAACUGCACCAGCUUAAAAGAGCUUGGAGUGGACUCAAACAACAUUGGAGGCAAGAUCCCGCCGAUGAUCGGCAAUUUAUCAACCAAUCUCUCCAAGAUCUACUUGUAUGACAACAAAAUCACUGGACCGGUCAAUGCCGUGGGCAAAAGAGAAGGUGAGCAUCCAAGGAUCUCAUAUCGUGAGCUUGUCGAUGCGAUGGAUGGCUUUUCGGAAGUGAAUUUGAUUGGGAAAGGAGGAUACGGACAUGUCUACAGGGGUGUCCUCCAUGGCGGGACGGUGAUCGCCGUCAAAGUCCUGCACCAGGACCAGGUCGGCAGCAGCGAGGUGAUCGCCGGCAGCUUCGAGAGGGAGUGCCGGGUGCUCAGGAGCAUCCGGCACCGGAACCUCAUCUGCGUGAUCACCGCGUGCAGCACGCCGGACUUCAAGGCCGUCGUGCUCCCGUUCAUGCCGAACGGCAGCCUCGAUGGCCUCGUCCACGGGCCUGCCAGCGGCGGCGGCAAGCCGGAGGGGCCGCGCCGGCUGGACCUGGACCUGCUCCUCAGCGUCGCCAGCGACGUCGCUGAGGGCGUGGCGUACCUGCACCACCACGCCCCCGUCAAGGUCGUGCACUGCGACCUCAAGCCGAGCAACGUCCUCCUCGACGCCGACAUGACCGCCGUCGUCUCCGACUUCGGCAUCUCGAAGCUGAUGUCCACGGACGCGAGGGAUGAUCCGGAGAUGGGCGAGGCGUCAGCGUCCGGAUGCAGCUCCAUCACUCGGCUGCUGCAAGGCUCCGUUGGCUACAUCGCACCCGAGUACGGCUUGGGAGGCCGCCCUUCGACGCAAGGCGACGUGUACAGCUUCGGGGUGAUGCUCCUGGAGAUGAUCUCCGGGAAGAGGCCGAGGGACGUGAUCGCCGAGGAGGGGCACGGCCUGCACGAGUGGGCGAGGAACCGCCGCCUGCAGCGCGACCUGGACGCCGUCGCCGAGCACUCGCCGCCGCCGCGUGAUCCGCCGUCGGUUGGCCCGCCGGGGCGCGAGAUGGAGGUCGUCAUCGUCAUGGAGCUGCUCGAGCUCGGCGUUGCGUGCUCGCAGCUUGCGCCGUCGAUGAGGCCCGCCAUGGACGACGUGGCGCACGAGAUCGCUUGCCUUAGGGACGGUACGUGGAGGAAGUGCAGGGCAACCGAUCGGAAGGUCAUUGACCACAUAAACUCCAAGAAACAUUAGUAGACUGAUAAUUCGCUACUUGAAUUUCUAAGCAAAAUAGUGUAAGAUGGGAGGGCCCGGGGCCCGGGCCAUCUAUCGGUGUUGUAGAAGCUGUAAUUGUGUGCCGCACCUGCUGUAUGGGUGCCAUGCCCUUUUGGUUUUUGUAUCAAGCCUGUGCACAAUCCAAUUUGACGUUUAUAUAUUUUUAGCUCAAAAUCGUAUAGGAUUGGAGCC